AUGCGCCAUUACCAUUUCUGUGACUCUCUUUGUCAAAUCUCUUUCAUCAUGAUUCUUUUCUUUUUCUUUCCCCUCUUGUUCUUUCUUUCUUUCAUUUUUCUUGCUUUCUUUCUUUUUCUUUCUUUUAUUUUAACUUUCUUCUUUUUUUCUUCCAUUCUUUCUUUUUCUAUCUUUCCUUCUUUCAUUUUUCGUUUUCUUCCUUUCUUUAUUUGUUUAUUUAUUUCUUUUUCUUUCUUUCUUUCUUUCUUUCUUUUCGCUUCCUUUCCUUCUUUGUUUGGUUCUUUCUUGAGCUUUCUGUUUUUCCUUUCUUUGCUACUUUGUUUGGUUUUUCUUUCUGUCUUUUUUUCUUCUUUCUUUCUUUCUUUCUAUCUCUCUCUUUUUGGUUUCAUUACUUGUUUGUUUCUUCCUUUUUUCUUUUUUCCUUCUUUGUUUGGUUCUUUCUUUCUCUUUCUCAUUUUUUGCUUUCUUUACUUCUUUGUUUUGUUAUUUCAUUCUUUCUUUCUCUCUUUUUUCCUUUCUUUCCUUCUUUGUUUGUUUGUUUGUUUCUUUUUUUUCUUUCUUUCUUUCUUUCUUUCUUUCUAUCUCUCUCUUUUUGGUUUCAUUACUUCUUUGUUUCUUCCUUUUUUCUUUUUUCCUUCUUUGUUUGGUUCUUUCUUUCUCUUUCUCAUUUUUUUUUUUGCUUUCUUUACUUCUUUGUUUUGUUAUUUCAUUCUUUCUUUCUCUCUUUUUUCCUUUCUUUCCUUCUUUGUUAGUUUCUUUCUUUCUUUCGUUCUUUCUUUAAAAUCACCGUCAUGA